CCACACUUACCGUCAACAGCAUACUCUACCGCACCUACCGCUUCACCGAAAUAAUCCAAGAAAACGUAGUUCCAAUAACCACGAUCAUCCGAAGAGCAUCACUCGAGAAACCAUCAUAAACCCCAUUGUGCAAGAAGCGAGCGUAGGAUAUCCAUGUUGCUUGAUCGAUGCGACUAAAAACGAUCGUUGUAAAUAAUACGCGACUCUUAGAAGAAGCAGUAAUAACAGGAUAGAUUUCGAUACAACGGAUAGGUAUAUACGGGUGCGUGCAUCGUGCAAAUAAAUACUCGGCCAAGGGAUGCAGAAAGGAAAGAAGGGUUGAAGCUGUGCCAGUCACGGAAGAACCUCGCUGCUACGUGGAGUAAGUGCAAUAAUACCAGAUUAUUUGCAUCGCAAAGCCGUGCGUAUGGGUAAACACAAUAUUCGCUCUCUGCUCGGCUCUGUGAACCGAUAGUGCGCUCAGGUAGAUACGCAUCUGUCUAUAUCGUUCUCCAUGUCUCUCUGUCUCACCCCAUUUCGACUCCCUUUCACUCUCUUCGUUCCACCAAUAGACUCGUCGUUCUCUCUUCUGUUCACCUUCUCUUCGGUCCCUUCCUCUCUUUCUCACCUUUAUCGUGUUUCGUGUCUAUCAUCGUGUUCCUCUGUCUCACUUACUCGAUCCUCGUCUCUGUUUCUCGUGAUCUGUUUCGUGUGCCGUCUUCGUUCCUCUCUCUAUGUACCACCGCGGCGUAAUACAGAUUCUAUUUGAGCUGCCUGAGGGAAGUUAACUCGUGAUGCGUGCAGCUCGGCUCGCUCUGUUGGCGAUACUACGGAUCCCAUCGUUCUCCAUUUCGAGGCUGCAAAUCCAAGAACCUAGCCGGGAUCUCGCGACCUGCACGGCUACUCCUAUUAGGCUCGCUAUCGUUCGAUUUUGUUGAAACGUCGCGUCUGAAGAAUUUCUUUAUUUUAUUUCCGAUUUGUGAUAGUUGGCGAGGUUUUCAGGUUUUAUUGAUCGAGCGAGAAAUUCAUAGGUUAUCGUGAUUUUUACGUUGUAUGUGGUAGUAUUGUAGUAUUUAUGAGGAGCUAUGUGACUCGUAGAUCGCGUUGUAUCGCACAAAGGAAUUUGCUUCUAGUACUACGUUAUUAUUUUAGACACUGCUUCAGUCAAAGUUUUAUAGCAUUGGUAACAAAGAAGUUACUGAAGUAAUGUAUAAUACUGUUAAUACUGAUUUCAAAUACUAAUCGGGUCCUACUUUUUACAAAACUCCUGAAAAAGAAUAAUUUCCAUUUAGAUGCUAAUUAGAGUUACAAAUCUCACUUUGUCUCAUUUACGACUGUUGUCAAUACUAUUUGAAACGUUAUUUCAAACUAAUUAACACCAUAUUUCCAUUCUCUUCUCAGUUCUACCAUCGAAAUGACCCAAAGCUUUUUAUAAUAUUGCACUAAUCCUGUUUCAAAUUUUACGUCGGCUAUGCUUCUAUAUAAUCUCCAUCCCCCAAAACUAACUACCAUUUAUCUCUUAAUUCCAUUAAUAAAAUAUUCCAAACCCGUACACCAUCGUUCUACUGCUUCAAACAUUAUUUCAUACUAAUUCUCACGAAAUCCUCUAAAAAAAAAAAGAAUAACUUUUAUCCUUACUUGAAUUCCAUCGAUAAAAUAUUCGAAAUCUCUCCGCCAUUGCAACACCAUACCGAUGUUGCAUAUGUCAAGAUAUUUCUCAUGGAACCUCUGCAAAAUUCACUAAAAACAAAUCCAUCCGUUUCUCAAUCCCACUAACGAAAUAUUCUCAAUUGCUGAUUCACAUCCAAACUCUACCAAUAAAAUAUUCCAAAAGUCGCUUCUACGCUGUCACAUCAAUCGAACCUUUCUCAUGAUUUACUUAAAUCAAACCUCUACAAAAUUUCAAAAAGCAUUUCACCCUUCCUCGAACUCACCGACAAAAUAUCCAAAUCCUUUACCAGACAUUCACCCCAUAACCCUCGUGCAUAAGAACCAAAGGCAACACGUCUACACUGCGGAAGUUGCAGGUGAGCGAGAACAUUUGAAAACGGGUAUCGAUACCUCUAGAGAGAGAAAGAGAGAGAGAGAGAGAGAUGGGGGAGGGAGAAUCUGUACAGGCAGGUUCUAUUAGUACGUAACGCCUGGUCCUUUUGCCGUGCCGCUCAAAGCAAAGCAGCCCCCGGAGUGUUACAAUUUCGCCCUCUCUCUACCCCUCCAGGUCCGCCUCGAAAGUCCCUUUAUCUAUCCCGCUAUUUUCCUAACUCCGACGUCCCCUCCGGGGGUUUCUCCUCGUUCGUGGUGACGACAACGAUUCCUCUUCUCUCCUGAAGGAGGAUGUGGAGGGAGCGCGCCGGAUCCGCCGGAAUACCGGCCGUUGGAGGGGUGGUAGAGCCGGAGCACUACCGCCACCCCUUCAUCCCCUUUUUACGAGAGGUUGAAAUGCCCGCCCAUUGGUCCGCCCAUGUAGGACCAAAGCAGUCACUUCGAAUCAAUUCGACCUACGAUUUCGCCUCGUAGACGGUCCUACACGGCGCUGGCACACUCGCAACCGCGCAUCAUAAGCUUCGACCGCAUUUCGUACACCUAACCUCGUCAAACGUGAUUUAUCGCGUAGAAACGCUCGCUCAUGGACUCUCUCGAUAAUCGACACCUAGUGCGGCUACUGUGUCCUCCGGCAAUUGACGAUUGAAAUUUAUUCGAACAGUUGGAAGAAUCGUUGUUGUUUUCCACUUUCCUUGUGAUUUAUUUUCAUUUUCUUUUUUCGUCGUGUCGCAUUUGAACCGAGAGUGAUCCUGUAACGAGAGAUUGGUUACAUCGAACAAGGGAGAAGUGACUUGUUGUUGGAAACUGAUAGAUUAGGGAGAUCGUAGUAUUUUAGGGAAAGUCGAAGCGUGCUCGAUGAGGGGGCAUGAGGGGCAAUCGUGAUGGUUAGCGAAUAUCGCAAGAUCGUUAGCGAUAAAGUGGAGUGCGUCACUGGCAGCCGUCAUCCUUGAGAUAGAGUGAGUGGGUGACACGGAGAAGAAGAGUAAAAAGAAAAAUGCUCGUUAUCGUUGUGGAAACAAACUAUUAGCGUAAGAUAACAAUUCGUACGGAGCUCGUGUGUGUGACAGUUGCCUCGCGAAAACAUGUCGAAAGAGAAAUGCUCGCGCGAUUUCGUUCAGUGCUUUUGAACAUCGACGGACAACCUACAUUUAUACCUCGUUAAAAAAUUUAAGAAGAACAAACGAAAGAAUAUUUCAAGAGAGCGCAGCAAGUACACAUUAGCGCGUACAAAUAUUCACGAAAGCGAUCCCUCGUCGGUGAAAUAAGACAAGAACACCAUGAGCACGAACAACAACGAGUAUCUUCACCUAUUUCCAAAGAACCAGAGAAACUAAAGUUUCCAAAAAAAAAGACAGAAAAAAAUAGGCUUAAAUGUGCCCAUGAAGCGAUCACGAUGGAACCGCGUGGGAUGAUGAUGUCGAAUCUGUCGUGCGACGGCUGCGCGGACAGCGACCGCGACUCUGACAGCAGCAGCAUGAUCGUGGACCCGGUGAGUCUGGACAAAAACGACCUGUCACCGUCCCAAUCAUCGUCCAGCCCAAUCAUCUCGAGUUCUCCAGUCCCGCCAACCACCGCGUCCUCCAGAAACCGUGGUGGAAGUCGCAGCAAGAAGAACUACUCGAUGAUGUCGGCCAACAGUCAACAAAAGAACAACUCGUCCGGCCAAGCAUCGUCCUAUAGCAACGACAAGAUGUCCUCGUCUUUGAUCAAGCCACCUUAUUCUUACAUAGCUCUCAUUACAAUGGCGAUUCUUCAGUCGCCACAAAAGAAACUGACAUUGAGUGGAAUCUGCGAGUUCAUCAUGUCACGGUUCCCUUAUUACCACGACAAGUUCCCGGCCUGGCAAAACUCUAUCAGACACAAUCUGUCCCUGAACGAUUGUUUCAUCAAGAUACCACGUGAGCCAGGAAAUCCUGGAAAAGGGAAUUACUGGACCCUAGACCCAUUGGCCGAGGACAUGUUCGACAAUGGGAGCUUCUUGCGUCGCAGAAAGAGGUACAAGAGGCCUCCGCCGCAUUAUGUGCUCCGAGACAGGGCGAUUAUGGCGACCUUUGCCAUUUGCGGCGAUCGAGGACCUUGCCCUGGCGGCGGCGGUGGUCAUCCCGGUGCUCUGACCUAUCCAAGCGCCGCGUAUCUGUCUCCGCCACCCGGUCUGCCUCUGCUCGACUUCUCCCCGUCGACCUUGGAAGCUCUGAAGCUUGGCGGCUUCCUGGAACCGCCUCCACCACUGUACAAACCGGUACCGAUCACGGCUCCGCCGAUCAGACAAAUCGACCCUGCGCCAACGAGGACCACCACGAUACCGAGCAGCCAUCCGCCGGCUGACAAGAAGAGGAACUUCAGUAUUGACGCUCUGAUCGGUAAACAGGCGGCAAACGAUCAGAAUUGUGGCGGGCNGUUGGAUCUCAGCCCGUCGGAGCAUAGGGAGAUCAGGAGUCAGGCGUCGGCUUUCUCUCCUCUCGUUUAGAGGAUCUGUUUGAUCGAGUUUUUCGAGAUUCUUUCUGACUGGCACUCUGCAUUGGCCGGAUCUCCGUUAAAAUCUCGGUUUUUCUUGGAGAUUCUGGUUUUCGGAGAAGAUUGCAGUUUUUUCAAGGGAACUUCAGUGGACAGGCAAGGAGAAACGGCGGAGAAUGUUUUCGACAUUCGUGAUGGAUUUUGGGUGACGAAGAAGCGGUUACAGACUGUAAAGGUGAAUGGAAGGGAAGAGGAAAAUUUAUAGAAAAGAACAUUGGAGGAGCAAAGAAUUUUUCACUUCCGCGUUAUUAUCAGAAAUCAAAAGUAUAAUAUGUGGAAGAAUAGUGAUACAUACUACGAAGAGUGAUAAAAUAGCUAGAUACCAAAAGAAGAGAAGCGACGGAACCAAAGAUUUCAACUUCGACAAGCACUUGUGUAAAAAAGAACAAGAAAAAAAGAAUAGAGAGAGAGAGAAAGAAAGAAAGAAGAACGAACGGACAAAAGAACGAGUCGAGAUAAUUGUAAAAAGGUGUAGUGCAAUAGUGUAGUGGUUUAAGUACGAGAAAAGAUCCCCUUUGGUCGUGUCGAAACGAUUCUUAGCGACUGUACGGCGUCGUCACGAACAAUCGAUUCCUCGCGAAUCGAACUUCAUAAUUUUCCAUCCUCUCUGUUUCAACCCCGUUUAUUUUUCACAUAUUUUUUCUUUCCUCCGUGCUCUAUUCUUAGCCGGAGGCUUCUUAAACGAUAGAUUAAUAUCUCGGCACUGUAAAUAUACACACGUACACACGUAUACACACGUAUGCAAACGAACAGACACAUGCACACGCACAUCCUCGAACAAAUCUUUGCUCAGCUUUCUAUUGUUUGCGCGAGUGUGAGAGAAAAAGAGAGAAUGCGCGAGUGAAAGGGUAGGAGAGGGUGGCAGAGAGCGAUAGAGAGGGGAGGUCAGUUCUCUUCAUCGGAUUUAAUGUAAAGCUCGGGCCGGGUUUUCGGUCAAGUAGACGUUUUAGUGUACAUAGCGUUGUACGAAAAAAAUAAAAAGAAAUACACACACAUAUAGGGGAUGCUCGCGUUCCGUACUACGAAACAUAUUCGUGUACCUUUGAUUCUCGUGUUCGAUCCUCGAUACGGGAGGUUUUCAUAGCGAAAACGCGUGCAACGAUUUGCAAAGAUCGAGCCUUAUCGAGUUUUAUUGUCUUACGAAACUGCACAUCUUUAACCGGCGUGCGAGUAACGCGAGCUUUGAAACACAAAUCCUUUCGUUUCUCUGGUUUAUUAGGAAACGAUUUACGCGGAGAAACUUUCGACUAAUCGACUUGAUACACUGUUCGAAACAUUAGAUUGGCAAACUAAUGGUCGAUUCGUGUCUGUAUUGAUUAUUUUUGUUUAUUCGGCCAAGAACAAUUCGUUGUCAGUUAUAUGCAAGUUUUUUUUUUUUUAGUAAUUUACUGCCUCGUUUACAUCUUAGAAAACAUCGUAGCGCUUUGAAAAAUGUAAAUUAUCUGGAAGCAAAAUUUUGCGACGAAGAUUUUCGAAAAGCUCGAAAAUGUAGGAAUACGUGGCAAUAAAUUCGAGGAAUGGAUAAAAAAAUAAUAAAAUGUUAGUUUUUAAUUCAAUUGGAUUCUUUGGAAUUAUUUGUAACGUACAAGAAUGGAUACCAUUGUUCAUAUUGGAAUUAUCUCAAUAUUAUUCUUAUUGUGAAAGACUUGCACCGAUAAAUUUUUAUUUAAAGAUACACGAACAUAAUGGCAUGCUAUUCUAAGAAGUGUAAUCCUCAUCGCGAUAGAGGAACAAUAAUCAUUGCCAUAGUUACGUAAUGAACACAGACACAUUUCAAUCCAUUUAUUUGCCAUUUAUUGCACAGCAACCUAACAAUUAGAAGAUUGGCGAUAUUUUGAGAGCUGCUUCAUCGUUUGAUGAGGUUUUUAGCGGUUUCACGAGAUUAAACGUUACAUUACGAAAUCUUUGUUUUUCUCUUUUAUAAUUAACUCUUUUUUCCGAGCAGUGUAUGAAGCAGACAUUGAUGUAAGAUCAUAAUGGUCCGAAUCCUUUAAAAUUUCUUUAGAAAUUAAAUGCUACUGUACAAAUGUUUAUUCCAAAGAAUUAAUUAUUUAUAUAAAAUCGAAGAUACAGACGGAGGAGAUCGAAGGAAAAUCGAAGAUUUCGGCGAAGUGAACUUUCCAAUUUCCAUAUAUCAACGCCAGAAAGUUGCCAGAUACACUGCAAAAUCAAUUACGACUUAAGAAACAUGUUUCCGAAAGUACCAUUACGCAAUCUAUUGGGAAAUUAAUAAACAAAUCAAAUUGCCAAUAUCACAAGUGUAAUUCGCACAACUCUCAACCGAAAUUCUUUCCUAUUCGCCGUACUAAGAAACAAGUCACAUAAAGAAUACUUUAUACUGUAGGAAAUUAUAAUUGAGGGGUUGAAAUUGCAAAUGACUUGUAAACGUUAGAAGGUUUUCCAUAGAAAAAAUAUUCGUUUCUAUUAAUUUUACCAUUUGCGCAAUUUAUCACGCCUGGACAUUAUAGACUUUCAGCGUUUAUCAAUUUAAUAAAUUUAGAAAAAGAAUAAAUUGCGUAUCAGGAAUUGUUUUUCAUUAGUUACAUUUUAUUUGUAUUACAAAUUCGUCUACGCUAUUCUUCUAUCUUUUAAAAACGAUUGAUUUACGAUUACAACUCUAGAAGCUACAAUAAACUAUUUUAAUACCGAUAACUUUCCUCUUCUUAUUCUACGUGAAAUUUAUAUUUCCUCUUAAUAGAAAAAUCGAUUUGGACCUUUUGUUGGUACUAACGUCAUUUGUCGUUUCAAUUCCUCAAAUAGAGAUUUUAAUUGCGCAAUGACACACAGCGAAGAGAAAUAUUUCUUUGGAAAUGUUUCUCGUUCGCUGUUCGAUGAAAGAUUUUCUAUAACAGAUUUUCAAAAGAAGACAAUUACGCGCAAAUAAUAGGAGAAAGGAAGAAAUGCGAAACGACAGUUCGACGGAAAUUUGUCGACGACUUUAAUACAGAAACAGCGUGUUUGAGUCUGUUUU